AUGCUAAUAUUCAUCAUCUUGUAUUCUGUUUUGCUAGUUGUCGUUUCCUGCCUCAAGUAUCCGAAUGAAAUUGUUGACACGCCGAUUGUUAUUUGUGAAUCUGACAAAAUUAUAAUCAAGAUAAAAACAUCAAUUUCAAAUCCAUCUCAUAUCUACGUGGAUGGAAGAGAAAAUGACUUGGAAUGCGUGUCAAGGAAUCAGAAUAAAAUUGAAGUUGCGCAUAAUAAAUGUGGAAUGGUCGAUGAGAAAACGGAUCAACCCAAUGGAUCCAUCCGUCGUUUAUGCAUCUUCGUCCAACUUCACCCACUAUUCGUCACUGAAUCAGAUCGUAGUUAUUGUGCUCAAUGUGUCUACGUGGAUUCCCAUGUAAUGAAAGAUAUUGAGUCAACACUGGACAUUAGUGAAGCUCCUCCCCUCCAACUAACACCUCAAUUCGAUGCUCCAGUUAUGCCGAAAUGUAAUUAUUCUAUUAGAAAACAAGGAAAAGAUGGACCGCCCGUACAGUAUGCUUCAAUUGGAGACAGUGUCUACCAUGUUUGGAGUUGUGACGGAGAUCAUAAUGGGAUUCUGGUUCAGAAUUGCCACGUGGAAGAUGGACAAGGGAAUAAGAUACUGAUAAUUGAUCAAAAUGGAUGUGGAAUUGAUCAUUAUGUUAUGGAUACACCUGUUUACAAUGGAGAACAAUCGAUGGCUUAUCAAGAAACCCACGUCUUCAAGUUUGCACAAAGAACUGUUACUCGAUUUAUAUGUCAGAUUAAAAUCUGCAUGAAGGGAGAUGAUUGUAAACGUUUAUCACCUCCAGAAGCUUGUCCAACUCUCGAAGAACGAUUCAAUGAAGAGACACCGGCAAAGGGAAGAGUGUUUGCAGAUGAAAUCCAUCCUCCAGCUUCAAUGCCAUCUGAUUUGACUGGACCAAAUGAUGAUACCUCGGUUGAGUUCGUUAGAAGAGCUCCAACCAAGGGAAGCAUUUACUUUGGUGUUGGAUACAACCCAAAACGUCAUCGUCGUGAGAUUCUUAUCAACACAGGAACACGACCACAGAAACAAUUCACAAUGAAAAAUGGAUAUCCGGAGAUGGAAAUGGUUGGAGAAUUGAGGGUGUUUGAAAAUCCUCAAGAUGUAGAAUAUUUCGAAUCCCAGUCAUCAUCUGCAACUGGUCCUUCUUCAAUCUGCGAAUCUCCAUCUUCUUCGCUAUUUUUCAGUCUUCUUGUCACUGCGCUUGUCGUUCUCUCCAUCCUUCUUAUCUCACUUUUCUUAUUAAUUUCGUCUCGAAUCCGAUCUGGAAAAAAUAAUUCAAUGCAUUUCGCCCAAUGA